GUUCAUUUGAACUGUUACGUUCGUUUAACAGGUUAUUACAUUAAUGUUUUAAGAAAUUUAGACUUAACAAAUACACUAUACGACGAGUCUGUUUACGCCUUCAAAUGACAGUUAAUGACAUAACACAUGACAGUUUCUUACACUUUGUCAGCGGUGUGUACACAGGUUAGCUUAAAGAAGAAGUAUCUGCAUAGGUCUAUCAUACAAUUCUGCGUAAUAACGCAAACGCCAUCUGAAUGUAACUUCUGAAAUCGGCUGAAUUGGGACGAAGCAUGGGCUCGGUAGGACCUCUGCGAUGUGCCAAAGCUCUUCAGCUCACCCUUGCGGUAAUCAAACCAGAUGCUGCGGCCCAUCCUUUGAUUGUGGAGGCCCUCCAUCAGAAAAUAUUGGACCACAAAUUCAUCAUUGUAAAGUCGAGAGACCUAGUGUGGCGAAGACAAGAUUCUGAGAAGUUUUAUGCAGAGCAUAAAGAGCGAUUCUUCUAUCAAAGGCUUGUGGAGUUCAUGUCGAGUGGGCCAAUGAGAGCGUACAUACUGGCCAGGGAGGACGGCAUUGGCUACUGGCGUGAACUAAUGGGUCCAACCAAAGUGUAUCGGGCUCGAUACUCCUCUCCAAGCACCAUUCGAGCCCAGUAUGGACUCACAGACACCAGAAACACCACUCACGGCUCAGACUCUGUAGAAUCUGCACAAAGAGAGAUCACAUUCUUCUUCCCGGAAUUCCGCAUUCAAGAGUGGAUGGAGAGGCUGGAGCCAUCCUUCAGGGCUGGGCAGAUGGCCUACGACCAGGAGAGGAAGAUUCACACCUUGCAACAACAACUUCAAAGUUGACCACAGGCAGUAAAGCUGCCAAGGGGUGGGGCCGGUCAGAGGUGCAUCUUGUCACAGGCAGACAGUUGAUUGGGGCCCACAAGCCCCUAGAUCAGGGGUGGGGAACCUUUUUCAUUCAAGGGGCGACUUCAAAUUCAUCCGAGGGCCGCAAAAGUCCUCCGAGGGCCGUUCUAUGAACACAAAACAGGAUUUUCCCCUGAACUUUAGGCCUAUAUUGAGGGUAGCCACCUUUAAAACAGACUCCAUCGACUCUAUGUCCCCUGAAUAUAAGUUAAUUGUCAAGGGGUGGGGGUGGGGGGUGGUGAGGAGGAUACAAAGGGGUCAGUUGUCCUGGGCCCAGGGAGAGAGAGAGAGAGGGGGGGGGGUCCUGGAUUAGGCCUUCGUUAUUACAUUGUAUACUGGGUGGAGGGACAGACUUUUCUGAUGACUGCCCAGAGCUAGCCAAAGUUGUCAGUGUGUCUGACCACAGGCCCUCAUAAGUAAUUGCUGCAGAGCUGAACUUACCAUAAUGGAUUCUACUGCGCUGGAACUGCUGAACUGACUCUCAUAAACUCUCAUAUUGAAUACAUUGUACUGCAACCUCAGAGAUCUAAAUACACCAUGUGUUCAUAUA